AUGUUUCAAGUGGGGCCUGAAACUGAAAGUUGGAACACGUGGCUCUUAAGUGGCACUUACCUCGGUCGGCAGGCAGUCAUGUUGCUAUCUCGUACCCACUUUAAACAAUACUAUAUUCCUUCCCGCUCUCUCACUCCCUGGUUGCCUUGGAUAUCUGUACUUUAUUGUCGUUCGCGAAAGCUGAAGUUUUGUCCCGGGAUUGAGAGAGCGGGACCUCCGUUUGCACGGGCGGUCCAUGAAGGAAUGUUCUACGACCCCAGCAACAAGCCAGGAUCUCGUACUCAGAACUGGGAACCAUCUCAAACGCUCAUGAGGGGUCGCAUCGCGCACGCGCACUGCGAGUCCUCCAUCACCCUCGCACUCACGGAGAAAAGGGAGCCCUUUGGGGACGUUAUUCGGAGGGUGAAAAGACGGUGA